AUGAUGUGGAACAAUAACAACGACCAUCUUCAAAAUCAGGAAAAUGAAAGAGUCUACAAUGGAGUGCCCAGCGCAACAGAGAACUCCUAUGGCGAAGCAGGCCAAGAGGCGAACAAUGGAUCAUUUUACAAUCAAGAAAUGGGGGGUGCUGGAGCGAUAAGCGCCUACGGCAACACAGGAGGCGUGGGAACUCCCAUGAACUCAGCUUACGGUUCAAGAAUGGCUAUGGACAGUAUGUACGGCUCCUCUGCUGGCAUGAGACGCCCAAUGGAUUCAGCUUACGGCCCACAAAUGGGUGAAGGCGGCGCGUACGGACCCACAUCAGGACCGGGAAGCAUGUACGCGCCCCCACCAGGACCGGGGAGCAUGUACGCGCCCCCACCAGGACCGGGAAGCAUGUACGCGCCCCCACCAGGGCCGGGAAGCAUGUUUGGCACACAAAUGGGCAUGGGAAGCAUGUACGGACCCCCACCAGGGAUGGGAAGCAUGUANCCCCCACCAGGGCCGGGAAGCAUGUUUGGCACACAAAUGGGCAUGGGAAGCAUGUACGGACCCCCACCAGGGAUGGGAAGCAUGUACGGACCCCCGCCAGGAAUGGGAAGCAUGUACGGACCCCCACCAGGGCCGGGAAGCAUGUUUGGCACACAAAUGGGCAUGGGAAGCAUGUACGGACCCCCACCAGGGAUGGGAAGCAUGUGCGGUUCAAUGGGCAGCUUGUAUGGCUGUCUACUCAAUGCGCCUUCUAUGUUCGGACCCCCUCCAGGAAUGGGGAGCAUGUACGGGCCUCAACAAGGUAUGGCGAGCAUGUAUGGGUCUCAAAGCGGUAUGGGCUCCAUUUACAAAAAUGGGGCCCCCAGUAGCACGAUGAUUGAUCUCUCUCGCCCAGACGAGGACAAGCCAAAGAAAACGGAUCAGGCGAGCCAGAAGGAAACUGAACUUCCUCGAAAUUCAUCAGGAACCAAUUUUAAUGUUCCCUCCAGUAACACCAACGCAAAGCCUGAGGUUGCGAAGGUGGUGACGAAGACAACCCAGCGAGCCCAACCAAUGAAAAGCGUUUCCUUUGACGGAAUACGCACGAUGGUGGUGGUCAGUGACGCGGCUGGUUCCAAGAUUACCGUAAAGGAGACAGAGAAGAAAGUGUCACUUAAAGAUGCAGACGGCAAGGCUGCGGAGUACGAGGCGGAUGAGGUGCUGCGAGCGAGCAAGGCGACUGUGGAAAACUCCGCGUUGUUGCGCGAAC